GUCUGGGGAGAGAGAACCUAUCAGAAAGCGGGUGUUGGCGAUACAUGUAUUACGUCAUCAGCAGGCGACUGUUUAAAGUUUAGCCACGAGGAUGUGUUUUUAGCAUUCGACAAGGUGAUUUUCUAUUAGAACAAACCACCAAGAAGCAGACUUGUAUACAAAAGUUGGCCAAGGAAACGUCACCAUGUCGGAUUUCUCCUCGCUUGGCCUGGCCGACUGGCUGAUUAAGCAGUGUAAACAACUAGGAAUAAACAAACCCACUCCUGUCCAGGAGAACUGCAUGCCACCCAUUCUCGAAGGUCGGGACUGUUUGGGCUGCGCCAAGACGGGCAGUGGAAAGACUGCUGCGUUCGUCCUGCCGGUGCUACAGAAACUAUCCCAAGACCCCUACGGUAUCUUCUGCCUGGUCCUCACACCCACCAGGGAGCUGGCAUAUCAGAUCGCAGAGCAGUUCCGGGUCAUUGGCAAGCCCCUGGGCCUGCGGGACUGCAUCGUCGUGGGUGGGAUGGACAUGGUGACACAGUCCUUGGAGUUGUCGCGGCAACCUCACGUUGUCGUGGCGACACCGGGAAGAUUGGCGGACCACAUCCGUAGCUCCAACACCUUCAGCCUGAAAAGGAUACAGUUUCUGAUCAUGGACGAGGCAGACAGACUGCUGGAGCAGGGCUGUACUGACUUCACCAAGGACCUGGAGGUGAUCCUGGGGGCGCUGCCGGCCAAACGGCAGACACUGCUGUUCAGCGCCACGCUGACCGACACGCUGCAGGAGCUGCAGAGCCUCACCAUGAACAAGCCCUUCUUCUGGGAGAGCAAGUCUGAGACCCGGACGGUGGAAGAGCUGGACCAGCGGUACAUCCUGGCCCCGGAGAAGAUCAAGGACGCCUACCUAGUCCACCUGAUACAGAACUUCACCGACCAGCACAGCGACUGGUCCAUCAUCAUCUUCUGCAAAACCUGCAAGGACUGCCAGAUCCUGACGAUGAUGCUACGAAAGUUUAACUUCCCCACCAUCUCUCUCCACUCCAUGAUGAAACAGAAAGUUAGAUUCGCUAACCUCUCCAAAUUCAAAGCCAGCGUCUACAAAAUCCUGAUUGCGACAGAUGUUGCUUCCAGGGGGUUGGACAUACCAACGGUCCAGGUGGUCAUCAACCACAACACGCCUGGCUUGCCCAAGAUCUACAUCCACAGAGUGGGCCGGACCGCCAGGGCCGGGAGGAACGGAGUCUCCAUCACUAUGGUGACGCAAUAUGACAUCCACUUGGUCCAUGCAAUCGAGGAACAGACACAGUCGAAGCUAAAGGAAUAUGAGGUGGAGGAGAAAGACGUGUUGAAGAUCCUCACCCAGGUCAACGUGACAAGGCGGGAGUGUGAGAUCAGAUUGGAAGCCACCGACUUUGAUGAGAAGAAAGAGGUCCACAAGAGGAAACAGCUUAUACUAGAAGGAAAGGACCCAGAGAUGGAGGCCAAGCGGAAGGCAGAGUUGGAGAAGAUCAAGAAGCAUAAGAAGAAGUUCAAGGAGCGGGUCCAGGAGAGUGUGCUGCAGCAGCAGGCGGAGCAGCGGCAGAGGAGCCUUCUGAAGAAGAAGAGACGACUGGAGCAGAAGAAGGCCAAACUGGAAGCUAAAUGAGCGUAACGCUUAUAUGGGCAUAAGGGGGAUUCUCCCGUAUGCUACUGUGUAUGGGAAGGGUUCUCCCAUGUACUUAAAGCUGACAACUGUAUUCGACCACCUAAGUACCGACAGACCAGCAUAAGGCCCACUGUUAGGGAUUUUACCAUGUCUGUCUAUAAAGACUAGCUCAAUAUGAAGAAUGUUUGGUUAGGUAGAGAGCCAGGAUGGGUGUAAAUAUACAGGAAAACAUUGACUCAACUUGACAAUUCAACCUUUAUUGAUGGAUUCAGUUUGAAACAGAAUCACACAUCGAUUUAACCUCACCAGCAGAAAGGAGGCUAACCCAGAACCUUGUAAAUUAUGUAAAAUAUAAACUCCUUGAUCCAUAACUACCCAGAUUUUUCAAUCAAUAAAGUAUUGUGAUCUGC